AGAAACUAUGCACUAUCUAGGUUUCUGAAUAAUCCAGAGCGAGCAAAUUAAAGGAGAAGGAGAGAGCGAGGGGGAGAGAGGGAGAGAUGAUGACGACCCAGUAAACUAAUAAUCGUCAAGAAAAAAAAGAAAAGCAACAAGGCAAGAUGGCGGAGGCCAUCGUGGGGUCGAUGCUGUGGAAGCUGCAGCAGGUGGCGGUGAGUGAGGCGCGGACGCUGGUGGCCGUGAACGAGGACAUCCGGAGCCUCCGGGACAAGCUCAUGUGGAUGCAGGCGUUCCUGCACGACGUCCAGCCGUCGCGCCGCGUGCAGCCCAACGAGCUCAUCAAGGUGUGGCUGCAGCAGACCCGCGACGCCGUCUUCGACGCCGAAGACGCCGUCGACCAGUACUUCGUCCAAAUCGAUCUCUCAAGAUUCCCUAGCUGGAGCCGUGCCAUCUUGGGUUUCUUUGCCAGCUUUACCACCCAAGUGGUUGUCCGUCGCGACCUCUCCAGCAGGAUCAGGCUGAUCAAUGGAAGGCUGGAGGGAAUCAUUGCCAACAAGGACAGGUACAGGUUGGGAGAGUCUACUACGCUGGGAGCAAUUUGGAGGCCAUCUAGCUCCACGUCACCGCUCUCGGAAAUGAUGGACGAGGUGGUGCUGCCACUGGUGGGACGAGAGGAACUGGUGCGCAAUCUUAAGAAUUGGCUUUAUAAAGGCAGCGGGAAUCAUAAAAAUGUGAUCACCGUGACGGGGGAAAGUGGAGUCGGCAAGACAAAGCUGGUGAGGAACUUGUACGACAGCAAGCAGACCCUGUCUCACUUUGACAUCUACGAGUGGGUGAGCUUUGGGCCCAAUCUCAGUGCCUCUGAUGUCCUCAAGAUCAUCAUCAGACGCAUUACAGAUGGAGAAGAAUGUUCCAAGGACAACAUAGAGAGGAAGCUGCGGGAGAUACUGAAAGAAAAGAAGUAUCUGUUGGUGAUAGAUGCUGAGCUCAGUAACUCGGAGUGGAAUCGCAUUUUCGCUAUGCUCCCUGACCCCAAGGAUGUGGAUGUCGAUGCUGCCAGCAGAAUAGUGAGGAUUUCUCAGAUUCCGCCACAUAAGCCACCCCCACACUAUCAAGAAGCCAAACUUGAGGUUCCGAAGUUUUAUGACCAAGAAGUAGUCAUCAAUCUGUUCAAGGAAACCUUCCAAUCAUGUGGCAGAAAUGAACUUCCUGACGAAGCAAUAAGAGAAUACAGACAGAGAAUCUUGGACAACACAAAAGGGUUGCCGCUGGCAAUAGUUCUUCUGUCAGGCCUUCUGCGGACCAAGGAGUACCCUAGUGAAUGGGAGACGGUGUUCGAGCACCUGGACAGGAUGCAGUCAAAGCAGAUCGACAAGAUUCUAUCCCUCUGCUUCGAUGACCUUCACUAUGACCUGAAAUCGUGCCUCCUCUACUUUGCUGCAUUGCCAGUGAAUACCUUUAUCAGGGCAAGCAACAUCGUGUGCAUGUGGAUGGCGGAGGGCUUCCUGGUACCCAAGGCCACAACGGUGGAAAAAGUAGGAGAGCAGUACCUGAUGGAGCUGAUAGAUAGGCGCCUCGUCAACUUGGCGCCAGUGGGCUACAAUGUUCCUGGGUACGAGCGUGUAGCUGUUCAGAGCAAAGUACACGCUUUCCUGCAGCUCGAAGCACAGGAGCAAUGCUUCGUGGAGAUCCACAGUGGUGACGACAUCCCGGCUUUGUCGGAUGCACGACGCUUGUCACUCCAGAACCACAAAGACAAGUAUGCAGCACUGUCACACCCGCUGCCGAAGCUGCGAGCCAUCCUGUCAAACUUUGAGACGGAGCAAGAGGCUGCACAAGUUGCUGGCGAGAAGCCACCAGAUGAAGCUGGAGAAGGGCAACAUGGAAAUGGAUGCCGGCCUGGUUUCAACAAAAAGAAAAUGCAAGCCAAGUCUUGUGUGCAGGACCUGCUACGGAACUCAAGGUUCCUCCGUGUCAUCCAUUUCAACGGCCUCGAGGUGGACAAAGAGCUUCCUGACGAAAUCGGCAAAGUUGUGAAACCUGCAGUACGUCCGAGUGACCUCCUGCUCCUUGGAGAAGAUGCCGCCGUCGAUUGGCAGGCUGUGCAACCUCCAGACUCUUGAUGUCCGGGGCACCUCGGUCCGAAGCUUGCCAGAUGGGUUCUGGAGGAUUCAGACGCUCCGUCAUGUGCUGGGCGACCGUCUCAUCCUGCCUAAACGUGUUGGUGACUUGAGGAAUCUGCAGACACUCAACAGCGUGAAGCCCGACUAUGGUGACCCCCAUGCCUGGGACGACAAGACCUUCAACCACAUGAUCCGCCUCUUGUACUUGCACAUCCGGCGCGGUGAGAGUCUGGGCGUCCAGGAAAUCUUCUCCAACCGCAAGAACAAGGCUGCCUUGGUAAAAGCAGUAUCCAUUCUCAAGUACCUUGUCGUCCUCAUCAUAAAAGCUCCUGUGAUCCCCUCAGAAGUGUUCACUAGGUCCAACCUCCAACGUCUCAAGGCAAUGGAACUGGUCGGGAAGCUUGACCUUCCUAAAAAUGGCAUCCCUGAGAUGGAUGUCCGCAAUCGCCUCCCAAACCUCAAGAAGCUGAGGCUUAUGAAGACAAUGGUGUCACAGGAAUUCAUUAACCAACUUGGAGGCCUACAGUUCCUUUCCACCCUUGAACUAACCAGCAAUUCUUUCAGGGACAGGGAGCUUGUCUUCACGGAAGGAUUUUGCAGCCUCAAAGAACUGACAUUGCAUGAGGAGACACUCGAGAGGUUGGAGAUACAUGAGUCGGCACUUCCCGAGCUUGGGGAUCUGGAUAUUGUCGGCCAUAGGGACAAGCUCCAUGUUGUUAUCCAUGGUCAUUCCGUGCUCGUGCAACACAUUGAAGCAGAGGAUGAAGAUAUUUUUAAGGUUACGGAAGUAAUAACGACGCAACAAGUCCAAGUGGAAGACCACAAAGUCUGAUUACAAAGCCUGAAGAUUGAAUGUGAACUGAUGUGCUUUUAUGCACGCUUCUGAUUGCAGUGUAUUUUUAUAUAUGUGCGCAUGUGUAUUUUAUUCUGUGUGUUUCGAAACCUGGUGUGCUUCUGUGUGAUGACUGUAAUACAAUGUACGGGUCACCCGUUUUAUAAUCACGGUGUGUAUUUGUUGUGUUGACAA